UGCAGAUGGCGAUCAUCCGAGAAGAAAGUUCCGUUUCUGCAUCAUUCGCCGGUUGAUCACCGAACGGACGAGUGUGCCAUGUCCACUUGCUAAUUGACGUUUUACCUGUGUUGUGGUCUUUUUCUUCUAAAUGGCGUGACAACAUUUCCGAUAACCAUGCCGGCCGUUUUCUUGGACAGGUUACCGCUUCCCAGCCUUCAGGCUUACACUGUGGGCAGUGUAUUGCUGCUAGCCUGCUCGGUGCAUUAUGCUAUUCAGAUGACUUCUCAAAUUGGAUUAAAUUUGAAUGGAACCGAGCCCACAUUCGGAGGCAACGAGGUUCUUAUGUACAGAAAUGCAACUUCAGGAAUAACCCAAGACACUUUGUCUUUCUUUGAUGUGUUGUUUGACCGUGUGUGUAUUAAACGUAUCGUUGAAGUGUUGUACUUCAUGCUUCAAGAACCUAUGUGUAUAUGGACUUUGAUUAACAUCACGUACUGUGUCUUUAUUCUCAUUGGCAAAAUAAUCCAGAAACUUGUGUUUGGCGAUUUAAGAGUGUCUGAACAGCAGCACAUAAAGGAUAAAUUCUGGAACUUCGUCUUCUACAAGUUUAUUUUUAUAUUCGGUGUCAUGAAUGUGCAAUUCAUGGAUGAAGUGGUGCUAUGGUGCAGCUGGUUUUCCAUCCUAGGCUUUCUCCAUCUCCUCGCCCAGCUAUGCAAGGACCGCUGUGAAUAUUUGUCUUUCUCCCCCGCCACUCCAAAGUGGACCCACUGUAGAGUCUUCACACUGUUAAUCGGCAUCCUGGUCAUUUCAUUCAGCUUGUUCGGAAUCUGUGCUGUUGUCGGGUACCACGUUGGAAUUAACACAUUUGCCUUUAUGGCGGCAGAGUGUCUGCUUGUGUUUGUAAGAACUCUGUAUGUAAUUACCAGGUACGUUAUAUAUUUAUUAGAUGCAUCUCAAGAAGGGGCUUGGGAGAAAAGAGCUUCAUAUGUGUAUUAUACAGAGUUGGGCUUUGAGCUCCUAGCUUUAAUCAUCGAUUUUCUUCAUCAUUUGCACAUGUUGGUAUGGGCAAACAUUUUCUUAUCGAUGGCUACACUUGUUAUUGCAAUGCAGCUUCGAUGUCUAUUUUAUGAAAUUAAACAUCGUGUGAAAAAAUACAAGAAUUAUUUGAAAAUAGUUAAACACAUGGAAUGCAACUAUCCAAUGGCUUCAGCUGAUGAAUUAGAUAAAAACAAUGAUGACUGUGCCAUAUGCUGGGACCAUUUGGAUUUUGCAAGAAAAUUACCAUGUGGCCAUUUAUUUCAUAAUUCUUGUCUUCGUUCAUGGCUAGAGCAAGACACUUCAUGCCCCACUUGCCGCAAAGCAUUGAGUGACAGCAUGGAAAAAGAAGCAAAUAUAGCCAAUUAUGAUCAUAGUGAUAUUUUAGAUAGAGAAGCUGGUGAUCAUAACAGCAAUUCCAGAAAUCAAUACUUUCAGUUUGAAGGAUCUCGUUAUGUUAGCUGGCUACCUAGCUUUUUCGGAGUUCCUCACCCUAAUGACGCAGAAGAGAGCAAUUUGUCACCAGAGCAGAUUGCCGAGUUUGAAAGCAUGGCUCGUCAAGUCCAACAAAUGUUCCCUAACAUGCCCUUUAGCUGUAUAAUGGAAGAUCUUCGAUCAACAAAAUCUGUUGAAGUAACUGUGGAAAACAUUCUAGAUGGAAAACUAGUCGCUCCUCCGUCUACAUUUCCAGGAAGUUAUCUUCAAACAAUGCAAGAAGCUAACAUGCAAGCUUUGGAUAGCAGUCAAGCUUCCAUGCUGAUGGGAAAGCGAGAAGCCUGCAGAGGUCAGUUUAAUUAUAUUGACGAUGCAGUAUUUCCUCCGGAUAGUUACGAUGUGGAAGAAUUGGACAGAUUUCCAGACCUGAUGCGGAUGCAUAUUGCAUCACCUCUUGGAUGCCGCUUCUCAAAGUCACCCCGAGAAAGAGAACGCAUCUUAGCCAAAAGAAAGGAAGAUUUGCUAAAACAAGCUAGAAGAAAGUACCUAACAACAAAAGCUCACGAUUAAGCAUGAUCAUCGAGUGCCAGCUAUUGAGAAGUCUAAUAUGAAGCCAAGAUUUGUUUGUCUUUAAUUUCUCAUACUCAUGUGUGUUAUAAUCAUUUGUAUUUCAUCUUUAAAAAUCAACCUGACUCAAAGCUUAUUUUAGCUUUAGAUUAACACUUUUGAUUUGUUUUUCAAGUAGCAUUUCUACUUGAAAGUUGUGAACUGAAUACCAGUUAAAAUUAGAACUCAUCCGUAUCAUUUUUUUUCCACAAAUACUUGUUUUUUCUCAUCUGAAUCAGUCACCUCAUCGGCUUGUUCUCCUUUAUUUUCAUACAUCUGUAUACAAAAUUAGUCAUAUUUGUGUUCAAAAUACAAGAACUAUGUUACUGAAUAAAUAAAAUAUUUCUUGUUUUAAUUAUGUAAAAUGACUUGCAAAUAAAGGCUAAAUUUAGUUUGGUGUUUGACCUAACAAUAAUGGGCUGUAAUAUAUUGCUUUUGGGAAAAAUAUAUAUUGAGAUUAAAGCAUUGUCAACAUGCAUAAGAGAAUUAUUUCUUUAAGAUGCCAGCAUAUUGUGUUGAUAUAAUUCUAUAUAAAAGUAUAUUUCAUUAUGUAUUUGUAAAGUUUAUUUCAUUUUCAUUGCGUAUUUGACUCGACAUCAGUGGCUGUUUUGGUGAUGCAUGAAAAUUUCCUGCAGCUAGAUUUUGCUUUUGAUUCUGUCAUCAAGAAGUUUUCAUGUGUAUUAAAUUGAAUCGAAUAUUUAUUUUAAAAGCUAUUCAUUUGUGAAGUGUCAAUAAAAAUAAUCUUCUUAAAUGGUUAA